AUUAUGUAACAUGGAUCUUAUUGGGCCCAUUUUACGGAAAAGCAAACUGCCUUGGUUAAUCAACUGUCCUUCAUGAUUGCAGGGAUAAGGCAGAUGCGCUCUAUGAAGACUUGAGCCAGCUGGGAAGACUCGGGGCCUUGGACCGGCUGCACAGGGAGAGGUUUAUGAAGGAGUUUCCUCAGGUGAAACAGGACCUUGAGAAACGCAUAGGAAAACUCUAUGCACUUGCAUAUGGUUUUGACAAGGUGCACAGGGACUGCAACAUCACCCACGUGGCGGCCUCUACCACCGGCGUUGUGUCUGACAUUCUGACCAUCGUUGGCCAGUCUCUGGCAUCUGUGAACGCAGAGGCUAGUCUGGUGCUCUCGGCAACUGGGAAGGGACUGGGGGCAGCAGCUGCUGUGACCAGUGAGUUAGCCAGAUUGGUGCAAGACUUUAACCACGAAUCAGCAGAAGCAGAAAUCAGGAGCCUAGGGUCAACUGGCAGCAACAAAUGGAAGGUGUUUGAGGACGUUGUACGUCACAGGAAACCCCAAGCUGAUGUCUUAGCAAAGAAGUGCUUCCAGUCCCUGCAAGACAUUGUGAACAAUGCCGAAGCCUGCAAGGUAGCCCGGACCAAACCCCACUUAGCAGCCGAGGCCAAGAGAUUCCUGCGCACGGGGGCAACCUCAGACGAAAGCAGCACACAGCUGCAGCAAGCUUUUGGAGGCACUGCUCUGGCCAUGACCAAGGAAGCCAGGAUGGGAGAUAUAGCCACUUCUGGUGUAUCCUUAGUGAAGGACACCUUCAGCCUUGUGCAGGAGUCGAGGCGCUUGCAUAAGGGGCAAAAGACACAGUCAGCUGAAGAGUGCAGGCAGGAGGCCCAGGAGCUGGAGGGUUGGCUGAGGGAACUCAGCCACAUACACAACAUUGUACAGAGGGCAGAGCUGGGGCGGCGCAGCAAUCUGGUCUGCAAGAAGAUAGAGGAGAUGGUCAGGUCCAAGGACAACGUAGGCAUGAGUUGGCAGGUGCGUGAGCGGAAGAAGUCAAAGCAGGCCCUGGAGCAGCAGGUGGGAGAGGUGAAGACCCAGCUGGAGGAGCUGGAGGAUGAGCUUCAGGCCACUGAGGAUGCCAACCUGUGGCUGGAGGGGAACCUGCAGGGAAGGUGGGAGGCCCAGAUGAAGCACUACAUGCAUGAGCUGGAUGACACACUGGCCUCCCGCGAGGAGAUCCUGGCGCAGGCCAAGGAGAACGAGAAGAAGCUGAAGAGCAUGGAGGCCCAGAUGAUUCAGCUGCUGGAGAUGGUCCAGGACCAAGGGGGCACUCAAG